CAUGUAAAGUUGUAUCGUGAACGGAUGUUUAAAUUGUUUCGGACUUUUUCGUGCGGUUAAAAACAGGACACAUAUUUUCCUUUGACAAAAACUAAAAAGAAACUACCUUGUGCCAUUUUAAGUUUCAUUUAUAUUAAAUAAUUCUUAAGUUGGAUAACAAAAGUGACAAAAUUACAAACAAAACAUCUUGGUUUUGAAGCAGAAAAUUAGAAAAAUUAUUCAAAAGCAAAUAAAGCAAUAAAUCUGGGUCAUUUUAAGGAUGUUGGUUAUAUUUAAAUACAAAUACCACUUAAGAGGAAACUAUGCCAAUGAGAAACCUAUUUCAGAUUUUAAUUUAUAAAUUUAAAAAAAAUACGAAUAGAUAUUAAAAUAAUCUUCCAGUGCUUGUGUUGAGUUAUUAAAAUUAUUUGUUUCCUACCAAACAUUUCAAACAAACAAACGAAAAUGAGAAAAAAAUAGUACGUAUACGCCCCACCAUUCGCAAAUAAUAAAAUAUUUUCACAAAUAAAAAAUGUUUUUUUUUCUGAAUUCAUUAAACACAACAAAAAUUACCAAAUAGCAAAAAAAGGCGCGCAUUUGUUUUUUAAACAAUACUUCCUGUAGCUAAGGAAAAUACUAGUUUUGUUUGUAUUUUAUCAUUUGGAAUUGAUUUUCCUCCUGCGUGCGUUUUGGUUUAGAAUUUUGAACGAAUCCUUUUUUUACGGAAAAAAAUACAACUCUUGGUAUUGCGUGUGAGUUGAGUUAAUUCUUAUCCAACAACCGACAGAGUUGGGUUGACAUGUGAUUGUGUUUGUUUGGAUUUCUGUGUGUGUGUAUAUUUUCCUUUUUGUAAACGUUUCAAAUAAAUUAAAAUCCCUUAAAGUGUUCCUGUUUUGCAAAAUUGAUCGCAUAGUAUUUUUGAGUCUUUUUUACCUUUUGUUUAACUUCGAACAUGUAAACAUUAAAACAAAUUCCAUUAUUGAAAACUUCCUUGAGUCGCGAGUCAUGGCGAAGGUAGCUAAGGUUUGACUUUUAGCUGAGACACCCCCUUGUUAGACGUAUUCCACUUGUUACCCUUGAAACGAAAAAGACUUUUUGUGUGUAUAAGUGAAUUUCAAUUGAAUUGAGUUAUGUGAUGCAAUCGUGUUUUUUUUUUGUAAAAAAGUUGAUAGAUAUAUAAAAUGCAGGUAUAGAAUAGAAGAAUUGAGUGUUUAUUUUUCUUUUAAACUUCUAACCAAGUCCUGGGGUUGAUUCCUCAUUCGAAAGAAAAAGUUCAAUUAUAUAAAACAACCAAGGCUAUUCGUGUGUACCUAUGUAUAUACUCGUAUACCUAUGUGUAUUCUAUAUAUUUGCAUUGAAAAACUGAAGUCAUUUUCAUGUUGCUCAUGGUCUCGAGAAGUAUCUUUGACUUUUAAUUAAAGAAAAUACCAACUUUAAAGUAUUGUAUACUAUAUGCGCGCGCUCAUAUAGGAUAAAUAAGUUUAAAGAUUUUUUGGAAAUAAUAUUCAUGAAGUUUCACGGCGCGCGAUGCAAGACGUAUAAUUUAAUUGAAUGAUAAAUUUGGUUUAAAAUUUUUGGCCAUUAUGGACUUUGAUUGAAUAACAAUGUAAAAGUUUUCUUAUAUAUAACGAACGAGCCAUUCAAUCAGAAUUAAGGCACACAUUGAGAAAUCUUUCACCAACAUGGAAAACUAUCAUCACCAUUUUACAAACGAAAAUCGAACAGGAAAUUCCCAACAAGCCAAGAAUAAUAACAAAUUAAACAUCCAACCAAAAGCGAACAGUUUCCGAAACUCUAACCAAAAUUUAAUUGAAUGAAUUGUCCUUCAAGUAAUGACAUCCUUUGAGCUGUUGAAUGGACGCCAAAAACGAAUCAACAUCAGCCACGGUCUGCAUCGUUGUCGUUGUCGCUGUCGCUGUCGUCCCAUCUACGUUCCUUUCGUUGUCAUCGUCAAUGUCGGUUGCUUGAGGGCGGAAAUUUGAUUCUGUCAAUAACUGCUACCAAGAAGGGCUCAUGUUGACGCCAUGCCAGUGAGAUUUUACUCCUUCACUCAACAUAUAUACUCGUAUACACAAAGCACAGACCAUCAUUCAGGUCCUUGAACAUGAAGAGCGUUCGAAGCGAAUUUCGAUUAAGAAAAGAUUAAAGGAUAUCCUCUGCAUACACGAAAAAGCUUAAAGGGAGGUUUAAUAUUUGAAGCGUCGUCGUCGUCGUCGUCCUCGUCGUCGUUCGGUCGUCUUCUUGACGUAAUUCAAAGAUAUGGUAGUUUUAUAUUUUGAUAAAUUAUUUCCGUGAGAAUACCAAUUGACCACAAUCAAUAAAAACGAUACCCACCACACAAGUGUCAAGUGGCGAAAUAUUGUCACUUGAGAUUCAGGAACAGACAACAUAUCAAACCGAAAUACACUCGAGAUUAUUCGUCUCGGAAAUCGUCAUCUACCAUCUUGAAGCUAAUGGAUGCAUCCCAAACUAGAACAACUCAAGAUCCACAUCAGCAGAUAAAAAAUCGCUUAUAACUGAUGAUCGCAAAACGACGCAGCGACGAGCCGACGACGCUGAGGGAUUGUUCGGUGAAGAUACCUCUGGAUAUUCUAUGGUUGCCCAAAUCGGCGAUGAGGCCGGUAGGGCCAGAAACAUCACACACCGACUGCAUCCUCGUAGUUGGCGUAUCCCGUCCUAAAUUAGCUGCUGUUUUCCUCACAGUCAUGCUACUUUCCUUAUUUUUAACAUUUCAUGUUCUUUACGACAGUGCCGUUUAUAACAUUCAAGCAGCGCAAGCAGUCUCCGAACGCCGCAGAUUUACAAUACUAGCACACAGAAUGCCGGAGUUCAUAAAGCCUGGUGAAAUGAGCCCAAUUAAUCAUCCGAUGGUGUUUCCUAAUCGUGUACAUUUUCCGAAGACAAGUAGACGAUUACCACAGGCUCUUAUUAUUGGAAUUCGAAAAUGUGGGACACGUGCUCUUUUGGAAAUGUUGUAUUUGCACCCAAGGAUUCAAAAGGCUGGUGGAGAGGUUCAUUUCUUUGAUCGUGACGAAAACUAUAUGAGAGGACUGGAAUGGUAUCGAAAGAAGAUGCCACAUUCGUUUCGUGGACAAAUCACAAUAGAGAAGAGUCCGAGUUAUUUUGUUUCACCAGAGGUUCCGGAACGUGUUAGAGCAAUGAACGCCAGCAUAAAACUCCUUCUCAUUGUACGUGAGCCGGUAACGCGGGCCAUAUCCGAUUAUACACAAUUACGAAGCCAUGCUGCAACAGCUACAUUGCCUUUUGCAGCAGAUGGACCCCCACCACCCUCACAAACAGAUAAGCCCCAUUCGUCAUCCUACUUUUCCUCUUCAUCUUCCUAUUCGUCCGCGAUGCACAAUAAUAGAUUGCCAUCGUCCUCAUCGCAAUUAUAUGACAGUUAUACUGCAAAUCGACCGAAUGCUAUAGGAAGUGAUACAACUACGACGACGCCAUCGUCAACAGGAAAUGGAGCCUCCUUUAUACCAAAGUCAUUUGAGGAGCUGGCUAUAUUUCCAAAUGGCACGGUUAACGAAUCCUAUCGUCCACUAACCAUUUCAAUGUAUCAUCUUCAUUUGCAUCGAUGGCUUGAAGUCUUCCCUCGUGAACAAUUACUUGUUGUCAAUGGUGAUCAAUUGAUCGAAGAUCCAGUUUCGCAACUCAAACGGAUUGAGUCGUUCUUAGGUGUUGAACAUCGUGUCACGAGCAAUCAUUUUUAUUUCAACGAAACCAAAGGAUUUUACUGCCUACGAUAUGACAGCGGAGAUCGAUGUUUAAGAGAGACAAAAGGACGAAAGCAUCCACACGUCGACCCGCUGGUUGUGUCGAAAUUGCGCAAAUUUUUUGCGGAACACAAUCAGAGAUUUUACGAACUAGUUGGUGAGGAUUUGGGCUGGCCAGAGGAGUAAAAGAACAAAACCAUUUUAAAAAAUAGAAAAAAACGCUGCACAAUAUUACACGUUACAAAAUAUAAACAAAAAUAGAACAAAAGAACUGAUGGUAAAACUGGGGAUGUUGAUUUUUGUUUCUUAAAAAUUGUAUGUAUAUUAUUUCUUACUUUUAACGCAGUUACUUUUUUAUGUAUAUCUAUGUGGGUCGUAAAUGAUAAUUAAUUACAUAAUAUAUUUUUUUAUAUUCGUAUAUAGUAUAUUGAAUAUACACAUGUACAAUAUUAGUUAAAUUUGUUAUAUAAAAGUGAAUGACAAUUGGCUGCGUGUGAUUGACGGUGAAUGUGUAAAUUGUGUGUUUUACUUUGUAAAUUGUGUAUGAAAUUAUAUCAAUGAUAAAAUCAUUCGGGAUGCGCGAAAAUAUCCAUUCAAACAUUUUGUUUUUAUUUUAAAUUCCAAAAUAAAAGCCAAAGUCAUCUGCCCAAUUAGUAGGUGAUGAGGUGUAAAAUUUCGUACCAACAUCCUUUGCAUUAGACGAUAUUAAAAUUGAAAAAAAAAACAUACAUUCAUAUCAGUGAUUGGAAAGGGUUUUCUUUAAAUUUUAAGGUAUAAAUUGCUUAUACCUUAAAUUAAGUUUUUUAUUUUAAUAAGAUUAGUUUUUUUUUAAUUAUUUGAUAACACACAGAUAUUUAAAGAUGAUUCAAAAAAUAUGUUUAAUUUUAUUUUAUUUUAGUAAUUACUUCCUAUAUUAACAAUAAAUAUCCGUCCAAGCAAGUGCAGUGAAUUAGCUGUAGUUCGAGAAGAGUUUUUUAUAAUGUCAAACAUUUGUUUUUAUCGUAAUUAGCAAGAGUUUAAUUUUUUGACUUUCCAUGUCGUUGUUUCCAUCUAUAGGCUUUAAAACUAAACAAAAAUAGCUCACAUCUUACUCCUAAUCCGUAUAUCAAGCUGCUGUUUAUCCUUUAGUUUUCAAAACUGGUCUAGUUAUCUUUUUGUACUAAGAACAACAUUACUUUGUUUAUGUAUGCAUAUGCAUAUUGUGAAAAAUUGAUCUUUUUCAAAAACUAGCUCCUAAUAAACAUCGACCAUGUUAUUUAAAAAUUCCUGCAAAAUCAAUAGUUUUAAUAUACCUUUAAACCAAAAACCGUUUAAAUAUCUAUCCUUAAACUAUGUAUAUGUAUCUACGAACAUACCUACAACUAUAACUUGUUUUACAAAGAGCAUAUAAAGUCAAAGUAACCAUAACCAUAAACAACCCUUUAAAACCAAACCAAAUUUCAUAAAAUUUAAAAGCACAUAGAACCCUUUUACCAAAUAGUACUGCCUUAACUUCUUUUCCAUUAGACUUCCGUCGAAAUGAUUAAGUUUAUUGUGCUUGUAUACUUUAGUCUCAGGUGGUGUUAGGAAAACGAAAGGAAUCAGAAAUAUUUAUGAAUACCGUAGAGUGUAUCGUGUAAUAAAACUGCUUUUCAAAUUAUUCUGAGCAUUAAAAUAUUCUUUUUUUUGGUUAAAGGAAGUAUCGUUAAAUACAUUCGGACGGUCGGUUUAAAGUGGUGUUCUCUUUUGUAGUCUUAUAAUUCUAUAACGCGUUAGAAAGGCUUUAUUUGAGGGGUCUAUAAAAAUGAAUAAAAUGGGCUAUAUAAUUAUUUGAAUAAAUGUAAAAAGAAAAUUAGGAAAUAUUAGCAUGAAUUUUGUCUUGAAUCAAACAAUUUGAUUUGAGAGUAAGGAAUUUUUGUAUGGUAUCAUAAACACUAGAGAAUUUGAAUUGAUUCUUUAUAACUAAUAACUUAAUAGAUGGAUAUAAAUUUAUAACUUUUUUUUAAUAGUUGACGGUAUUACCUUAACUCAAUUGCAAACAAUGAUUGUGAUAGCAUACAUAAACUUAAGAAGAUUAUAAGAACAUUACUGAACUACAAUCAAGGUUUCUUUGAGGAAAACUUCUAAGUCUGCAAUCACAAAUAACUAAAUAGGAUAUUUGCAUUUAAAAGCUUCUUUUCCAACAGUCGUAUUUGUCAACACAUUUAUAUUCUUUGUUAAAUCUCAACUUUGAGAGGAAUAAUGAAAAACAUUUGCUCCUUAGCCGUCAAUGAGUUAUUGGAGUGAUAAUGUCACUCUAACCAAAAAUAUAAAAUUACAUAAUUAACUUAUUCUACCCCUGAACUUUAUUGUUAAGGUGCUAAUCACUGCAUUUGGAAUUUUCUUAUUUAUUUUAUAUAAAACUUUACAUUCACUGAUAGGAAAUAGUGUUCAUUUAAACCCAUUUGAUACAUUUAAACCAAAAACGAAUUCGUAAGAAAAGCAAUACAAUAUUUACAAAAUAUUUUUAUCCAUUAAAUAAAUUUAAUACGUUUACGCAUAGAAUUUAAGUUUAAAAUAAAAUUGGAACUGUUUGGUGAGAAUGAAUGAAAAUUUUAUUAGUUUUUAGUAAAACUAUAAAUUAAUUAAGUAUGUAAGAAAACUAAAUGUGAUUUUUUUAGUAUUUUAGGAAACAAAACAAAAAGUAAAUAUUAAAUAUCAGCUGAUAAACUAAGACUUAGAAUAAUGAAAACAAAAAUCGUUACAUAUCAAUGUACACACACAAAAAAUGGGUGACAUAUCAAGUCAUUUUGGCGAUAGAUUUAAAAUAUUAUAAAUAGUAAUUGAUACAUAUCAUGAGUAAACAAAACAUAUCAAACUUUAGACUUACAUUAUAUACAUUAAAAUAAGAAAAAAAAAAACAUUAAAAUAAAACGUACUAUUUACAAUUCUAGUAAUUAGAUGUUAUGAAACAUGUUUGAAAUUAUUAAUUUCAAGUUCUUACUUAAGUAUUUACAAAAGAAAAAUUAUCAAAUCUUAGUUAAUUCUUAAUUAUUAUGUAUUUAAAUGAAUUCAUCGUUGUUGCACAAAAACUAUUUACAUAUUGCACAAGCUUAUGUUUUCAAUUUGUUUUUUUUUGUCAUUAAAGCUAAAAUGUUAUUAAGAAAAUUAAAAUAUUUAACUGUUCAAUAUAUUACUUGUCCUAUUACAAUCUGUUUCGAUUGAUUUAAUAAAUAUUUUAACGAUUGUUAUACAACUUUAAAAUUUAGUAAUACUUUUUAAAUUUGUCAUCUUAAUGUGGAGAAUUUUUUAAUUUACAUAUAAAAUAAUAAUUGUGAUUUCUUAAGUAACACUAUAUAUAGAUAAAAUAGCAUUUUAAUGUCUAAAAAUUGUAAUAAUAUAAUUUUUUUCUUUUUUUUAAAUAAAUUUAACAAGGUGUUUUUUUAUAAAUUAAACAUAUCGUUAUAAGUUAUAUAAAGUUGUUAACCUAUACUUAACACAUUUUGUUUUAAAUUUAUAAUUUUAAAAUUGUUUAUAUAAACCUUAUGUUUUUCAUUUGUUGAUCUUAUUUUGGAAAACUAGAAGCUAUUUUAUAAAUUAUAGUUAAAAUAUACAUGUAUCCACGUUUAUAUUAAUAAUUUGUUCUUAACUAGAAAUUAUAUCGAAAUCAAUAAUUAUUUUGUUGAUAUCAAAACUAAAAAGAAGUUCUAUGGUUUUGUUCUAAUGACUUUUAAUUAGCUUUGUUUCUGUCGAUUUAUUAUCUCUUAAUUUUGUGUAUUCCUUUGAUUCUAUGUUCAUUUUUGAUCAAAUUUUUUCCGAGAAGACUUUAUGGGCAAGAAAUAGAUAGAAAAGUGAAAUUCAAUUUUAAAUCUAGAUUUCCGUCUUCUUUCUUUAUAUAUGUACAUAUUAUUUAUUUACACAAUUGGUAUUUUUAAUUUUGCUAUGUUUCUGUAUUUCUGCAUAUAUUUUAUUUAAUUAUUUGAAUUCAAGUGAUUCAGAAAAAUUGUUAAAAGGCCGUUAUUAAUUCAAAGCAUUACAAAAAUGUAUAGACAAAUUUGUUUGGCCUAAAACCCACGAGGGGUUUUUAUAGGUAUGUAUACCAAUACCCAUUCUAGUUCCUAUAGAACCAGUUAGCAAAAAAAUUAAAUCAAGUUAAUAAUAUAUUUAUAUCAAAAAUUUGUUUAAUGCUUUGUUUUUUGUUUUUGUUUAAUAUUGUGUUAAAUGAAAUUAUUAGUAUUAAAUGCUUUAAUUUAUAAAAAAAAAUUAUACAAAUAUUAUUAAUAAAAUGUACCUAUCCCUUGUUUGUUAUAUCCAAGCUUAAUGAUGUUAAUCUUUAAAUGAAAUAAACAUUAAAAUAAAGAAAUUUUGUUUGAAAAUGAAUUCAUUUUUUAAGUAAUUUGUUGAACUACGCAUUAUUUUGUAAACUUGUUUCAUAUUGAACUUUUAAAGUCUUAAAUUUAUGUUUGACUAAAAAAAUAAUAUUCAAACAUAUCAUUAAUGCAAUUCUAAAUUAACUAAACGAUUAUAAGUAAUAACAUACAAAUUGGUAUCAGUUGCAUAUUUUCUAAGCCUCUCUAUUCCAUAAUUGAUUUUCAGAUUACUUGUUCCGACAACACUCAAUUAACAAUCUUUGCUAAAAAAUUUCAUACAGCAUUUGUUUUAUUUAAAUUCCCAUGAGCAACGGGUCAAACAAUAAGUAUUGCUAUAUUAAAAUAAAAGUUAUCUCAUUUAGCAAUUUAUAAGUUUGCAGAAGCUUAAAAUGUGUAGUUCCAAUGAAAACCAAAAUUAUAGCAAUACAGAAAGUAUAUUCGAACAUAUUUUCGUACCAAAACACCACACAAAAUGUUAAAUUUCUAAAAUAUAUACAUUAAAAUAAAAACAUCAUACAUAUCAAUAAAACACUAAAUCAACUUAAGCAGUUAGUAAACCAGAAAUAAACAACGAAAUUAUUUUUUACAAAUGUAUAUUUUAUAUUAAAAAAAAAACCGUAAAAAGUAUCAUAAUUAUGUAUUUAUAUCAUAAAAUAAAAAUAUUAUUACAUUUUUAUAAUACAUACUUAUAAACAAAAUAAAAAAUGAACAUUCCACUUUCUUAAGUUUAAUGCAUGCAUAUUACAUACAUUUGCAAGAAAAAAUAUAUACAUAUAUUUAGACCACUCUGUCAAAAUUAAAACUUCAAAAAGUUAAAUUUAUUGAAAAUAUUAGUAACGCAAAAAUAACUUCAUAUAUUGUAAAAAAAAUAUAACAAACCUAUUCACAGUAACCAAACUAAAAAUAACUUUCGAAUUUAUUUUUAAGACAAAUUUUACCACUAUUAUGCAAAUUGUAUUCGGAUAUUAAAAUAAAUAUUACUCAUCUUUCAACUGUAUACUAACUUUAUUUAUUUUAUUCUUAAAGUAAAAAUUCUCUAUCGCAUAUUGCCACCACUUUAUACAUCUUCAUACAGAAUUUAGAAUACAAAUUAAAAUAAAUCAAACCAAUAGAAGCAACCAAAUUAUAAAUUAUAAAAAUAAAUAAAAUUCAUCAAUAUAAAGAAGAUAUUUACAUGAAAAUCAUCAAACUUUAAUGUACCUUAAUUGCUAUAUAAAUAAUUAAAAAAAUAGACAUAAAGAAUGAAACCGAAACAUAUCAUUGUAAAAACAAAUUAAUGAGAAAAUUAUAUUUAAUAAAUGUAAGAGUAAUUAAA